AGAGAGAGAGAGAGAGAGAGAGAGAGAGAGAGAGAGAGAGAGAGGUGGAGGGGUUCAGCUGCAGGGUUCUGGAGUCCUGGCCAUGGGGGCCCGGAGCCACCGGAGCAUCACGCAGCAGGCAUCAGAGAGCCCGUCAUGUCUUUAAACUACAUCAAUAACUUCUACGAAGGAUGUCUCAGGCCUCCUACAGUGAUAGGCCAGUUCCACACGCUGUUCUUCGGCUCGGUCCGGAUGUUCUUCCUGGGUGUUCUCGGCUUCGCGGUCUACGGCAACGAAGCUCUGCACUUCAGCUGCGACCCGGAUCGCCGAGAGCUCAACCUGUUCUGCUACAACCAGUUCAGACCCAUAACGCCUCAGGUCUUUUGGGCGUUACAGCUGGUAACUGUGCUGGUUCCUGGGGCUUGGUUCCACCUGUACGCCGCCUGUAAGAAUAUAGACCAAGAGGAAAUUCUUGAACGACCCGUCUACACCGUCUUCUACAUCAUCUCCGUUCUUCUACGCAUCAUUCUAGAAAUCAUCGCCUUCUGGCUACAAAGUCACAUCUUUGGUUUUCAGGUCCACCCAGUGUACGUGUGUGAUGCCAGCUCCUUGGAGAAGGCCUUCAAUGUGACCAAGUGCAUGGUACCGGAGCACUUUGAGAAAACCAUCUUCCUCAGCGCCAUGUACACCUUCACUGUCAUCACCAUCCUCCUCUGCGUUGCUGAGAUAUUUGAGAUCCUCAGCCGGCGACUUGGUUAUCUCAACAAUCAAUGACAGACAGCUUCGUGCUCAUGUACAGCGAGAGAAAAUGUCUGACAUAUUUUCAGACUCUUCAUGUCGGGCUCUUUGUCACCUGGAGCUCCGUGGAGCAGAAAGUCGGUGUUGGAGCCAGACCUCACCUGUAGUCCAUCAGUGAGCAGCACCGAGACAUGGAAGAAGGUGCAAUCACGUCAGAGCUGGCCAGAACUAACUGUUCUUUUGGAGUUUGUUGCCUUUAAGUAUAGAGUGACCAUCCAUUGUUGUGCUUUAGAAGUGAGAUGGUUCUGUACUGGCUGGGUCAAAUGGAGUCAUAUGAUUGGACUGGAUGGCCAGAGAGUGUCAGCUUCCUAGACCUACCAAGGUCCCUUACAAUUAUUAGGAUCAGUGGAGAUAGUAAACCCAUUUCGGUACAAACUUGAGGAUUUAUAAUAUUGCAACGUCCCCUGA